UGACAUCAAUAGAUUUGCUUGACUCAGGGUUACCAUAAAUCUUUCCUUUGUUUAAAAAACAUAAUAUAUGCAAAACCUCAAUAAAGCAAAGCACAAUAAAAUAUGUCUGCAUUUAAUCCUCACAAGAAACCCAGAAAGGAAUUAUUAUUCCCAUUCUACAGAUCAGGAAACUGAGGCUCCAGAAGACAGUAACUUGCUUAUCGUUCUGUGAGUUGCAAAUGUUGGAGCCGAGAUUCAGUCACAAUGCAGAUAAACGAGUGGAUCCAGUCCCAUCCUGACUCUGCUGUGUUGGCUGCUGGGUCCCUUCCCCACUCUUAGCCUUCCUGUCACCUGUAAAAUUUGUUUAGUAAUAACUUUCUCACAGAAUUGUUGACAGAUUUAACUGAGGGGAAAAAAAAUGUAACAUGCCUAUUACCAAGAAACAGUCAGUAAAAGGGAGUCAGCCACCAUCCCUCUUGGCUGGCACCAACCACCCCACUGUCUCCCUCUCCUCUCCUUGUGAAGCGGUGGGGCGGAGGCUGGGAGAGAAAGGGCAGACCUGUGCCAACAGUGAGGGGCAAAGGUUGAAAUCCCAGGCCUAGGAUCUAAGUAAGGAACAGAGUGAGGCGCAACGCACGUACACCAUCAGGCCUCCUAAAGAGCCACUUCCACCCAGGAGUGACUCAGAGGCACCUUCCCCUGUGUGGGAGCACAGGUGUGGCCACAUCAGGAGAAUCUCCCCAUUGCUCAAAAGCAGCCACUCUUGCUCCUGAGAAGCGCCCAUGAGGUCGCUGCUCAUCUCCAGCCAGUGGCCCUGCCACACACACCCAGACCAUGGGGACCCUCGGGGGACACCUGCUUGCAGGGCUGCUGUUCCUCAUUGUAGGGCUCUACUACUCGGUGCUGGUGUCCUUGGCUCUGCUACGGGGACAGAGAUUCCUCAAAUCUCCUCUGCCCCCAAGAGACAAGCGAGGGCACCGGUGGUGGCAGCUGAUUUCUGUGGAAGCAGUGGUGAAGGUGGUCUUCUCCCUGAUAGUUAUCUUGCCCGAGUUCUUCUACCCACCGGGAACAAACCGGAUGGUGAUGGUGGACUGGGAGGACCCGAAGCGGCCGUUUGUGUUCCAGGACACCUGGCAGCACAUCACCAUGUACGGGUUCUUCCUCUUCAGCGGAGUGGUGGACAUCGUGAGCCAGGUGUGCCAGGCGCGGCAGAACAUGAAGCUGGAGCGAGCGGCGGAGGCACUGGCCUUCUGCGUGCUGGUGCUGCUGAUGAUAAACCACAUUGAGAACAAGAGCACCCUGGAGAGCCGCGUGCACGCCCUGUUCAUGCUGCCUGUCUUCCUGGUCAGCUUGGUGCUCAUCAUCGAGGUCUGGGUCCCCGACCAGCCCUCACUCUGGGUGCUCAAGAGCUGGAUGGGGCUGGUGCUCAGCAACUGGCUGCUGCAUCUAAGCGUCCUGAUGUAUGCGCCUCCCUCCGGACAGCCCUGGAGCGGGGACGACCCUGUGGAGCUCGCCUUUGUCACUACCUUCUUCUGCUGGCACCUGGGCUUGGGGGCUGUCAUGCUGGCUGCCAUCUAUGGUCUCUGCAGCCUCUGGCACCAUCGCUUCUCCUCCUGGAAAAGGGCCCCAGGUGCCAAGUACCAGCCGUGCCCCCUAUGUGAGGGCAGCGAAGAGCCUGAAAAGUUCAGGGCAGGGGCCCCACAACUAGACGGGGGUGUUUAGGCAUAGAAUAUAUCUUGGUACCUCACCCUUUGUAAUGAGGAUGCCCACUGUGUGCCUCGUGCAGGAACAUCCUGGGAUCUGCAAUGUGGCUUUCCAUCACAGGGGUCCCAUUCCUUGAUCUGAAAUGAACAAAGAUUACUUCUGUCUACCACCCUCUUCUCUCCAGACCUGUCUCUCUCCUGCUAGCCAGUGUGGUUCCUUAUCAUGGAUUCACAUGAAGUGAGAAUAGGAGUAAUGGUUUCCUCUGACAGCUUUUGGGAUCCAAGAGGAAGAGAAGAAAUGAGGAAAUAGAAGAAAAUGGAGGGUGUCUGGGGACAUGGCAGGGCUCUGUAUGUCCAGGGCAGAGCUGGCUUGCUGUGUGUGCUGCGUGGACCUGUAGCUGAAGUAGUAAAAUGUGUCCCAGGGAGAGAGCUCUGUUUUCCCAUUGUGGUGAGGGCUUCUGCUUCUUCAUUUCUUUUUAAUUAUUAAUUUAUUUUAACUGAAGGCUAAUUACAAUAUUGUGGUGGUUUUUGUUCUGUCUUUUACUCAUACUAAGUGGGGCAGGAAGAAGAGCUGGUUUUGUUGUUACUGUUUUCUCAUCUAAAGUGGAUGAGGCUACUUCUGCCUGAGGGAAUGAGGGAUGAGGGGAUAGGGCAGCAAUCAGGUUAGCAGGGCUCAAGUCUAGGGAGGAAGGAAGUGAGGGAGGGAUUCCCAAAGGUGGGUGUAAGAAAUGAGGAUUAUAUCUGUAUAAUUUUAGGUUGUUUGGUUUUUGCUAUGACAUAAAACUCCAUUGCUUAUGUAGGGUCUUUCAAUAAAGUCUAUGAUACACAUACACAUGUUUUG